CGGACACCAACAUAACUAGCCCGGAUUUGAGAAUUCCCAUCAAUCCAGAUAAUAUAUAACAAAAUUUUAUUUUGUUUUGUUGACAAAAUUUUUCAAUCGCAAUUUCAACCAACAUGCCGGAUAAGUCCAGCCACUUUCGCUGAAAACCCUUAAAGUUGUUCAACAGGCGGCGUAUUUAACCCAUCUGAAACCUCAACUUCGGCAUGUCAAGGUCGAGUGAUUAUGAAAUUCCGCCCAUACCAGUUGUUAAAUACGAAUACCUCGAUCACACUGCGGAUGUACAGUUGCACUCUUGGGGCGAUGACCAAGUAGAAGCAUUCGAACAAGUUGCCAUGGCAAUGUUUAAUUACAUGACAACAAACUAUGACUCGGUAAAAAUGCUGGAAAAAAUGGAAGUUGAAGCAAAUGGUGAUGAUAUGAUGUCAUUACUUUUUCAUUUCUUGGAUGAAUGGCUGUUUGCUUUUUCAGCAGACCGGUUUUUCAUUCCACGCGUUGUUAAAAUAACUGAAUUCAACAAAGAAAAGUUUUAUAUCAAAUCUGUUGGUUGGGGAGAGCCGUUUGACAUCUCGAAGCACCCGCAGGGUACUGAAGUCAAGGCUAUCACAUAUUCUAAUAUGCAAAUUCAUGAAAAAGAAGAUAUGCAUGAGUUAUUUGUCAUAAUUGACAUUUAAGAUUUCUUCCAUUUGUCUAAAUAUAUUCAUUUGUAUACAAUAACAUUUCGUUUUCUUACAAACAAG